GCGGCGGGCGCGGAGCGCCGGCGGUGAAGAUGGAGCCGCGUCCGCCUGGGACCGAGCCCCCGCUGCCCCGGGGGCCGGGACCAGGGCCCGAGCCAGAGCUGGAACCGGAGCCGGAGUUGGAACCAGGACCGGAGCUGGAACCGGAACCGGAGCCGGAGUUGGAACCAGGACCGGAGCUGAACCUGGAACCGGAGCUGGAACCAGAACCGGGGCCAGUGCUGGACCUAGAACCCGAGCUGGACCUGGAACCGGAGCCGGACCUGGACUUGCAACGGGAACCGGAGCCGGCGCUGGGACCAGAACCGGAGCCAGAGCUGGACCUGUACCCGGAGCUGGAGCCGGAACAGGAGGAGGCAGAUCUGAGCCCGGAGCCCGAGCUGGACCUGGAGCCGGAGCUGGAACAGGAGGCAGAGCUGGGCCCGGAGCUGGAUCUGGACCUCUGGGCCCUUGAUGCCGCCGCUGCCGGCGCGGAGCCGCCGCCCUGGUGCCCGGGGCAGGCCGGGGACAGCCCGGGCCCGGAGGGCUCCGCCGAGCCCCCGCCCGAGGAGGAGCCGCGCCUCCGGCCGGUCUUCGACGCCCUGGACCGCGACGGCGAUGGCUUCGUGCGUGUGGAGGAGUUCGUGCAGUUCGCCACGGCCUACGGCGCCGAGCAGGUAAAGGACCUAACAAAAUACCUGGAUCCCAGUGGGUUGGGAGUUAUCAGCUUUGAAGAUUUCCAUCGGGGCAUCAGAGCCAUCAGAAAUGGAGACCCUGACAGCCAGCUGUAUGAUAUGGGAUAUACCCCCGAGGAGGAAGCCCCGGCCUGCCCCGAUGAGUUUGAUGAUUUCGUCACGUUUGAGGCAAAUGAGGUGACUGACAGUGCCUACAUGGGCUCAGAGAGCACCUACAGCGAGUGUGAGACCUUCACAGAUGAGGACACCAGCACCCUGGUGCAGCACGAGAUGCACGACGAGGUGGAGACCGACAGCGCCAUCGACUCCGCCGUGCACUCGGAGUUCACCGAUCCCAUCGAGGAGCCGGAGCAUGGGUCCCACCCCCACGAGCUGGCCCUGGGCUCCGAGCUCAGCCACUCCAUUGUCACCGUCAUCAGCGGGGAGGAGCAUUUCGAGGAUUACGGGGAGGGCAACGAGGCCGACCUGUUCCCAGACCCUUUGUGUAAUGGGGAAAGCAGCUUUGGCAGCUCCUCCUUCCUCUCUCCCAGCACCAAUCCCCUCGCUGCCAAACUGCACAGCAUUCUCGCAGAUGAAGCUUUUGAGUUUUACUGUAGCCAGUGCCACAAACAAAUCAACCGCCUCGAGGAUCUCUCUGCUCGCCUCAAUGAUCUUGAGAUGAAUAGUCCCAAUAAAAGACUUUCCAGCAAGAAGGUGGCAAGGCAGCUGCACCAGACGAGCUCGCUGGCCGUGGGGGUGAUGGAGGAAUCCUACCGGGAGAGCCUGGAGUGCACCGACGAGGACAUCACCGACAAGGUGGUGUUCCUGGAGAAGCGGGUGACGGAGCUGGAGAAGGACACGGCUGCCAACGGGGAGCAGCACAGCCGCCUCCGGCAGGAGAACCUGCAGCUGGUGCACAGAGCAAAUGCACUCGAGGAGCAGCUGAAGGAGCAGGAGCUGAGGGCUGACCAGACCCUGCUGGAGGAGAUCAAGAAGCAGAGGGAGCUGCUCAGCAAAAUGGAGAGGGAGAAGAGCAUUGAGAUCGAGAACCUGCAGGCCAGGCUGCAGCAGCUGGAUGAUGAGAACAGCGAGCUGAGGUCCUGUGUCCCCUGCCUGAGAGCCAACAUUGAGAGGCUUGAGGAGGAGAAGCAGAAGCUGCUGGAUGAGAUUGAGGACCUCACUGUGCAGCUCACAGAGGAGCAGGAGAAAAAGAGGAAGAUGGGAGACAAGCUGAGUCAGGAGAGGCACCAGUUCCAGAAGGAGAAGGAGUCAACACAGGAGCUCAUUGAGGACCUCAGGAAGCAGCUGGAGCACCUGCAGCUCUUCAAGCUGGAGGCAGAGCAGCGCCGGGGCCGCAGCAGCAGCAUGGGGCUGCAGGAGUACAACAGCAGGACACGGGAGACCGAGCUGGAGCAGGAGAUCAAGCAGCUCAAGCAGGAUAACAGGAACCUGAAGGAGCAGAACGAUGAGCUCAAUGGGCAGAUCAUCAACCUGAGCAUCCAGGGAGCCAAGAACCUGUUCUCAGCCUCCUUCUCCGAGUCCCUGGCAGCAGAGAUCAGCUCUGUCUCCAGAGAUGAGCUCAUGGAAGCAAUCCAGAAGCAGGAGGAGAUCAACUUCCGCCUGCAGGAUUACAUCGACAGGAUCAUCGUGGCCAUCAUGGAGACCAACCCCUCCAUCCUGGAGGUCAAGUAGUGCAGCCGGGAGGAUUUGGUGCUCUGAGAGGAUGAAGAGGGACUCCAAACGUCUUUGCACUUGAUGAAGGCACAAGGAAGCCUCAGGUCGGGGAGUGACUGAGCCACGGACCAGGGAAAAGGAAAAGCAGCAGGCAGGCUUUGUUGUCUGACUGCGUUAUUUUGAAGCCCUCCUGGCUGUGGAGGGGUGAAAGGGAACCUGGAGAAGGAGCUCAGGAAAGGGACACUGCAGGGAGUGCCUGUGGCGCUGGGGACUGUCCCGACAGGCACCGCCCCUCCGAGGGACAUGGCGAUGGAAGCGACAGCGCUGACUUUGCCCCGCUGUGCCAAAGUGUCCCUGACACAUCCACCGGGCAGAGCCAGGGCAGCGCCUCCCGGACUCGCACAGGGUUGGGGUUUGCUUUUGGUUUGGGGUUUUGGUUU